AUGAGUCAAAUAACAGGCAUCUCAGAUGAGGCUUUUGAUGUUAAUAUUGCAGCACCUACAAAGGAUGGAGAAGCUAAUGCUGAAUUAUGUGAUUUUGUUGCUUAGACUUUAGGAGUUAAGAAAACAGUUAUCUAAGUGUAAAAAGGAGGUAAGGGAAGAAACAAGCUAAUUGAAAUCGAGAGCAUGUUUAAGGAUAUAAAUGAAUUUUACGAAAAACUAAAAUAAGGAUUGUGA